AUGGAUUAUUUUAACAAUAUUUUUACUUUGUUUCGCAAACUACUAUUGCCGUACUCGUGGCCGGAAAACGGGACGCCCGUCGCGGACGUCUUGUCCAAUAUGAACGCGUUCGGCCCGCUGAAGCGGUUCCCGUCUGUAGACAGUCUGUCCGUGUGGACGCCGUCCCGAACGGCCAGAACCGAGUACGCGAUGCGCCAAAUGACGCUCGCCGGGCUGACCACCGAAAAGCCGCGCGAGAAUGUGGACCGGACACUACUCGAAGAGUCGUUCAAGCUGAUGAGGGCUUGUCAGCUAAAGGUAAUACGACCGACGAGCACGGCAAUUGAAUGUGUACUGCAGCUUUUUUACUUGGCUAUACUACACGGGUCACUUUUUUUUUUUUAGAUUUUGAAAAAAUAAACUUAAUAUUUAUUUUACUUUUCACCCCAAAAAUAAGGACAAUUGCAUUCAUUGCGUAUUUAAUGUCUAUAUCGUAUUUUUCUCGUUACUUUUGGACAUUUUUAAGCGGAUUUAGUUGUGAAAGAAAUCGGAUUGAAUUUCAAUCAUCGUGUCGUUGCGGUGUUUAUUUUUAACUUAGGUCGUGCCUUUUUGUUUUUCCGGUUCCGGUACCAACUGUUUUACUUAAAGGUUCAAGUGCAUAACAAAUACAAAUUAUGGUUUAGACUUGGGAUUCUGAUCGGGUCCAUAUAUUUUUUAGAUCCGACGCGUAGCUCGAGAUCUAUUGGUUUUACUAUGAUGUGUGUAUUUUGUUUUCUGUCUUUAAUCAACUUUUCUACCAGAAAACUUACUCCGGAGUAUAGACUAAAGCAUCUUUUCUGAGAGGUAAUUUUCUUUAAUUAGUGUAUUAAGGAGGUGAUUUUUUUGUAGAGUUUUUCAAAAUAUUUGGAAAAAAGUAUAGGUAAAACGGUAAAUAUAUUUACGGUGCACCUCAGCGUUACCAAUUUCAUUAUUUGUUCAAUGUUAUGUUUUCUACCAGAACUAUUCCAAUACUAUUUUCAGAACUACUCAUAUCGAAAAAUGACAAAAUAUCGAUUUCGUUACUUAUAUCACGUAGCCAAUGAGUAGAGAGCAAUUUUUUAAUAUCUAAAGUAUUUUUCAUAAUAAUUCGGAAAAACCAAAAAAGACGAAAUAUACAAUUUUUUUUUCAAAUUGCAGCACAACGAUUUCAUCAUUUAAAAUGUGUGCGGUUUAUGUUUUUUAUCAUAUACUGUUCCAAUAAAAAAAUAUCAAAAUAUCUUUUAUAUCGAAUUUUUAAUCUAGUUGGUGGCCAAGAAACUUGUUUUUGAUUUUUUUUUUUUUUUUUUGUAGUUCUUUUAACAAUUGAGCAAACCAAAAAAUACAUAGAAAGAAUGGGAAAAUGUACGAAAAAAAAUAAUUUUAUUAUUUUAAAUUUUGUCUUUUUAAUAAAAUUCAGUUUAAAUAUUCGUACAUACUUUUGACAGAAAACUUAUAUUCACUUUUUUUAGAUGGGGUAAAACUUUCAGAAUAUUUAAGCAAUUUUUGACAUUUUAGACAUUUAAAUGUUGCGAGAUUUUUACGUAAUUUUUAUUCAGUAGGUAUUCUGUAAAUAAAUUUUUAGACUUAACAGAAAUUUAUAAAAACUUGGUAAGAGGUUCAUAAUAAUUUAUAAGUCAUACUUAGUGGUACUUAUAUACAUUAAAUUUCUUUUCUACCUUCCCGACUUCUCACCUACAGUAGUGGCCCACCAAUCGUACGAUUUUUAAUGUCAAAUUUUAAUGAAAAUCAUAAAUAUUACGGCUUUUAAAACUAUGUACAACCGAAGUUCACUCUGAAUCGUUUUCGUUGUUUAAAAAUAUAAACCAAUAAAUACCUUUAUGUAUCUUACCUUUCUAUUUUAUUUUUCCACCUAUAACAAUGGUCCCCAGUAUCGCUUUAUUUUUUCAAAUUAAAUUACAAAAAAAAAAACCGAAAAUAAUAAAUGUAUUAUUUUCAUAAAUUUCCCCGUUCUUUUUACGUUUACUUUUGGUUUUACUAAAUUUUAAAAAAAAUACAAUCAAAAAACGACUUUGGUGCUUACCAAUAACGUUAAAAAUUAAAAUUAAUUGGUCGUUUGUUUUUUUUUUUUUAUUGGAACAAUAUUUCUAGUAGAAAACAUAGUUGGCAAAAAUUAAAAAUAAUGAAAUCGGUAAUUCAGUGGCACUGUGAUGUACCGUAAAUAUUUGUUGUCUAUAAUUUUUUUUCUUUAUUAUUAUGAAAAUCCCUUAAAAAAUCAAAAAACAACUUCUUUAAUGCAUCAACUAGAUAAAAUUACCUUUCAAAAUAGCUACUACACUUGAUAUAUCAGAGGAAGUUUUAUUUUCGAAAAAUUGUUUACAGAAAGAAAAAUAAAACCAUAUAAUAUCAUGGUAAAACCUAUAGAUUUCACGCUCCGCUCUUAAUCUAAAGUGCAUCAUUAUAAUUUUACCUUCAAUAUCAUAAAAAACAAAUUGAUGACUGAAAUUGACCUUCUUGUCUCAGGUAUUGAUGUGAAACGAAUACGACCAAAAUAUACCAACAUUUAAUCAAUGUACAGCUUUAUUUAAGUAUAAUAAUUUAUUAUGUACUUAUUACUUACCUAUACUUUAUAUAGUUCGUUAAUUAUGAAAAAAUAUAUUAAAAUGAAUAAAUCUUUUAAAAAUUAAAAAUAAGAAACUAUUUUAAUCGUUAUAAAAAACCCGGUAUUUAUCAUUAAAAAAUAUGGGUUCUGGUUAGAUUCUGAGAAGGUCGUGCCUAGGGAGGUGUGAGAGGUGCCCACUCACCUAACCACAGGGGCGCCAAACAAAGACCGGAGGGGUGACUGAAAAGUAGUUUAAUUGAAUAUUUUUACUAUUAAUGUACAAGUGAACGCAGCCGGACAGGUUUAGCAUUCAGAUUAUGAUCACUAUUUAUUUUUCCAUCGGUUAAUUGUAAAACCAUUGGGUGACGAUUCUAUUUAGCACGGUACUGUGGUAUAUUUAAAUAGUUUUUGGAUUCCAGAACCGGUUUUUUUUGGUUCGAUUCCAGUUCCUGAUUUAAGCAAACCUACAAACCUAUUAAAGAUGUAUUUUUCGAGGGUUUCAACUUUCAACCCCACCUACCAUUUUUAUGCUCAUAUUUUACCAAUUUUUUUAGAGCAAUAUAGUUUAAACUAUAGUAUUAUAAAAAAAUAAUAAAAUAAUUUUUUUUAAAUUGUAAAUAUUUAUAAAUAUUCAGUCGCGUUUUACAUUUUGACUGUGAUAUACCCGAUGAUGAAUUUUUAAUUUGAAACCGGUCAUAUAAUACGCUUAUAAUACUCCAGGCGAUGCAUUUAUUCAUUUUAUUAAUUUUUUAUUUCUAUAUUUAUUUACUAUAUUUAUUGUAUUAUUAUAUCAUUCAGAUACUUACUGUUUUACAAUGGAUAUUUCUAUAAAUAAUUACCCCUUUGGGGUGUUAAAUAAGCAAAAUAAAAACAACAAAAAAUAAUUGGGAGGUAAUUCGAUUCUAAAGUGACGAAGUUCUGCUACUUAAGGGUGUUUUUCGUUUUACACAUUGGAUCUGUUAUACGAAAUUAUUUUACAAAAUGCCAUAAUUAUGAAGUAUCUUAUAUUUAGACUAUAAACGACUGUUCAUUUAUUUUCAAAGGUAAUAAACGACAAAUUGCAGAAGGCAGGGAAAUGUAAAAAACCAUUGCCCGGCUAUAAAAAAAUCAUUGAUAAAGAAUUCAAAAAGUUAUACAAAGAAUAUUUGGCGUUAGAAACUGAAAGCGCAUGGACCAUGAGAUUUGGUACUGGCGAUCAGAGUCUUUGGUGUCGUGUCCAGGAUCAUUUGAACAAAAUCACGCAGUUUUUUUACCAACAUAUAGAACACGUAAAUUCGGCAAGUUGCGAUUGGUCACCACAGUAUAAAACCAUGAUAAUGGAACAUUUAAAAACCUUGUUCGAUAAAUUCACUAGCAGCAUGGACGAGUGGAUAAACAUGGUAGAUUGCUCCAAAUAA